CACACACAUUCAAAAUUUCCCCAAAAAUAAUGUCAUUCAAAAACAUGGAAGCAUAUUAUUCAUCGGGCACUGUUCCAUUAAGUUCUAGUGCCCGUGGUUGGGUGGAUCGGAUCAGCAACAUUUUCAGAACUGAAAUCGCCAUCAACAUGGACCAUCUCCCUCCCGUUUGCGUUUUCGAAGUCCCCAAAACCAUCCGAGCCCACAAGCCCGAAGCUUAUACCCCUCAUCUAAUCGCGCUGGGCCCGUACCACCAUCUACGGCCCGAGCUGUAUCAGAUGGAGAGGUACAAGCUCGCGGCCAUUAAAGAAAUCUGCAUCCCGGAACAAGUUUUCAACUUCAAUUCCAUCGUGAUCGACAAGAUGAAGGAGAUCGAUCCCUACAUCCGGGCUUGUUACAACAAGUUCAUGGACUACGAUCAAGACGCCCUGGCCUGGAUCUUGGCCAUCGAUGCUUGCUUCUUCCUCCACGUCGCGAAUUCUUAUCUCGUACUUGAUGAGACAACUGAUAGAAGAUUGUUGGAUAAUACAAUCAUUACUAGAGAUAUCAUGAUGCUUGAGAACCAAAUCCCAUAUCUUAUACUAAAGGAAAUAAGAAGGGCUCUUCAUAUCUCUAAUAUCAUGGAUGGUCAGGAAGAUGUCGAAUUGAUAUCUAUUUUGCUUCAAUUUUGUGAAGUGUUAUCUCCAAUUAAAUUCUCUAGGGAGAAUAUGAAUUCCAAUCGUUUCCACAGGCCACUUCAUCUGUUGGAUCUUAUGUAUCAUAUGGUUGUGGAUAUUCCGGGUUACAUUUCGGGUCCAUUAAAUGGUACCAUAGAAGGAGCUGCUCAGUAUAAUAAUGAGUUCAGGUUAUCAGUUUCCUCUUCCUCCUCGGAUGAUUCUUCGUCAUCCUCGAGCGAUGAUGACGAAGACCCGGAUUUGGUUCAUAACAACAUCAAUGAGAUUCUUCACAUGGUCGAAUCGUUCGCUACAAAGCGUAACGGCGGUGGGAUUCUCAAACCUGUCAGAGUUGUGUCCGCGAUUCCCUGGUCAAGCAUUUCAGGGAUGUUCAGGAAAGGGAAUUUACGGCACGAAGAUGAGAAAUCUGAGGAGGAAAACGAGAUUUCGAUCCCAUCCGUUUCUUAUCUCUCGCGAUACGCCAAGGUUCAAUUCCGUCCUUUUAAUGGAAGCAUCAACGCGAUCAAGUUUGUUGAAGGGGAGGAGGAUCAAGUCGGUGGUGCUCUGCACCUCCCUGUCUUGAACUUGAAUGCGAGUUCUGAAAUCAUACUGAGAAAUCUGGUGGCUUACGAAGCGGCAAUGUCGAAAUCGAACCUUGAUUUCGCAAGGUACAUUAACCUGAUGAACGGGAUUGUGGACACUGCGGAAGAUGUGAAGUUGUUGAAGCAGAAUGGAGUGAUUUUAGGGUCCUUGAAAGAUGAAGAAAUCGCUGAGAUGUUUAACGGGAUGCAAAGGAAUUACGUGAGGUCUGAUCAUAAGUCAAACAUUGAGAUUGCAAUUGAGAAAGUGAAUGAGUUUUAUGAUAAGAAGUUGGUUGUGAGGAUGGUUAGGCAAAUCAGGAGGAAUUUCUAUGCUUCCUGGAAAGCAUUGGCGGUGAUUUCUUCUGUGGCUCUCUUGCUUCUCAUCAGCCUUCAGACAUUCUGUGAAUUCUAUCAAUGUGAAAAGUUGUUCAGGUUUUAAGUUUUAAUGAUAAGGAUGCUAUCUCUGGCUUACUAUUAGACACGGGAAUCAAUUGUUUAAUGAUUUAUUUAUUCAUUUAUUUUUUUGUUUCUUUGUUUAACUAUAUGGAAAAGAAUGUAAGCAGUUGUAUAUAGAUAGCACAACGAACAGAAGUUGUACUAUACUGUGC